UCCGAAGCCGGCCCGCCAACGCUACGUGCGCACAAAUACGCCUGCAUAUACAUUGAAUUUGCGCCCGGCGAGAGAUAGCACCAAAAUGGCCGUGGCGAGAGUUUCCGCCGGCGGCUCGGUGGUGCCCGCUCUGCUUGUGGUGCUCUUGGUCUGCGCCGCGGCCGUGGUCGCCGGAGGCACGGCGUGCGACGGGGUGAGCUGCGGCGUCGGCACGUGCAGGGAGCUGCCGGCGACGCCGGUACCGGUACCCCAAAGCAUGGCCUACGUGUGCGACUGCGAAGCCGGCUGGGCACGGAUCGUUCCCGCCCUGCUGUUCACUCCCUGCUUCAUCCCCACCUGCAAGUCGGAUCUCAGCUGCUACAGCCCUACCUUUAAGCUGCCUCCAUUUGGCAGCAAUGUAACACUUCACCCCUGCUUAGUCAUGGAUUGUGGCCGGGAAGGGACCUGCGUGGAGGAACAGGGCAAACCUUUUCAUUGCCAGUGCAACCCGGGCGCAACCAAUAUGCUCAACAACCCUUCCCUCCCUUGCACCAAGAACUGUGCCAUCGGCAAGGACGGCUGCCCGGUUCCGAACCCUCCACCGCCACCACCGCCACCGCCGCCGCCGGCGUCGUUAACGGCCCCGCCUGAUAAUGGCACAGAUUCUUCUACUUCCUCCAGCUCCAAAGGGAGUCCAACGGUUCCAGCCUCACCAGGCUCAGCUUGCUUGCAGAGUCUGCUGCUGCUGCUGGCCUCGCUCGCCGCGCUCUACAUCGUGUGAUGGCGUGACAGCUGGCUUUGAUACGUGCACAGACCAACACUCGGUUUACUGGUUGUAAAACUGAGGGUUCUGCAUCGUCCGUAUUGUGUUCACUGCCUAUGCUUAUGCAACGGCUGCUUCCAGUGUUCUAUGCAUGUAUUCCUACGCACUGAAAUACAGAGAACCUACACCAAAUUUGUGGCACGACGUUACAGAUUGCCGACAUAUAGCCUAACUAAUUGGUUUU